CUUUGUAAACGCCGUAAUUUACGCCGUUUGUACCACAAUACGCCGUAAUUUGCGGCGUCUUUUCGUGUUAAACGCCGUAAACAACGGCGUUUUGAGAAUGAAACGCGUUUGGAUAGUGGCGAAAUUUGACCCAUUUGGCUUUCCAUACUAGACGGAUGUGAGUAACGGCGUAUUAUGUCCCUUGCGCUUUUAUUUUUCUUCUGUCGGGCCGUUUGCUAAUUCGUCUCUUUCCGUUUUACAUGUAAUCCCUUCGUCAUUUGAGUUUGUUUAUUGUUUAUCAAUCCAAUUAUAUACCAUUAUUUUCUAUGUGAGUGGAUUUAUUGAGUGCGUAUUCUCCAACGAUGGAAAACUAGCUGGCGAUGCUAGCAAGCUAAAGCUAGCUGCGUUUCUGUGACACAAGUCCCUGUGCUGCAUGACCAGGAUGAGGAUGUUUUCAGUUUCACACAAGACGGCCUUUGUGGUCGAUCACUGCCCGUACAUGGCAGAGUCCAGCCGGCAGUUGAUUGAAUGUGACAUGCUGACCAAAAGCCGUUCACAGGGCGUGAUUCCUCUUGCUCCAGUCUCCAAAUCUCUCUGGACGUGUGCAAUCGAGUGCUCCAUGGAGUACUGUCGAAUCCUUUAUGACAUUUAUCCCACCAAGAAACUGGUGAACUAUAUUGUGAGCGAUUCUGAGGUUCACAUCUUGAACAGCUGGAAGCAGCAAGAUCAGAGCACACUGGAGCUGAUGGCUGCCUUGGCUGCUGUUGGGCCUCCAAACCCUCGUCAGGAUCCUGAAUGCUGCAGUGUCCUGCAUGGGCUGGUGGCAGCUGUAGAAUCACUGUGUAAGAUUACAGAAUAUCAGCAUGAGGCUCGUACUGCUCUGAUGGACACGGCUGACAGAGUGGCCAAUAGGGGGCGCAUUAUCUGUCUCACCAAUGCCAAAAGUGACACUCAUGUCAGAAUGCUAGAGGACUGUGUGCUGGAAACCAUUCAGGAGCAGAACAAACUGGCAGCUGGCUCUGACAGAAUGAUGCCAAUUCAGCAGUGUGAGCUUGUGCUGGUCCACAUCUACCCGCAGGGUGAUGACACUCUGGUUUCGGAUCGGCAAAAGAAAGAGCUCUCAUCAGUGUUGAGCAGUGAGGUUCACAGUGUGCGAGCUGGACGCUAUCUAGCCUGCAAACUGAAUGUGCUGGUUCAGCAGCACUUUGAUUUGGCCUCAACCACCAUCACAAACAUCCCAAUGAAGGAGGAGCAGCAUGCUAACACUUCAGCAAAUUACGACGUUGAGCUUCUGCACCAUCGUGAUGCACAUAUGGAAUUUAUUAAGAGUGGUGAUUUGCACAUGGCCGGCAGCACCAGCAGAGACAGUGGGCUGAAGGAAACUGUCACACUCAAAUGGUGCACUCCACGCACCAACAGUGUAGAACUGCAUUACUGCACAGGGGCGUAUCGUAUUUCUCCAGUGGACGUUAACAGCCGGCCAUCUUCCUGCCUCACCAACUUCCUGUUGAAUGGUCGAUCUGUGCUACUAGAGCAGCCCCGCAAGUCCGGGUCUAAGGUCAUCAGUCACAUGUUGAGCAGCCAUGGAGGAGAAAUCUUUCUGCAUGUCCUGAACAGCACACGCUCAACAUUGGAGGACCCGCCCUCCAUCAGCGAGGGUUGCGGUGGCCGAGUGACCGACUACCGCAUCACUGACUUCGGUGAGUUUAUGCGUGAGAAUCGUUUGACUCCAUUCCCGGACACGUUGGUAGAUGCAGCAGGCAGAGCUCCAGUGGAGAGAGCCAAAUCUCAACUAGAACGACACACACGAUACUGGCCAAUGAUCAUCUCCCAGACCACCAUCUUCAACAUGCAGGCGGUGGUACCGUUAGCUAACCUCAUAGUGAAGGACACUCUAACAGAUGAAGAUGUGCUUACUUGUCAGAAAACUGUCUAUAAUCUUGUUGAUAUGGAAAGGAAGAGUGACCCUUUGCCCAUUUCAACCGUGGGCUCCAGAGGAAAAGGUCCCAAACGUGAUGAGCAGUAUCGGAUCAUGUGGAAUGAGUUGGAGACGUUAGUAAAGACUCAUGUGGGCACCAGUGAGCGGCACCAACGUGUGCUGGAUUGUAUCAGUGCUUGUCGGAGCAAACCACCUGAGGAGGAGGAAAGGAAAAAAAGGGGAAGGAAGAGAGAGGACAAAGAGGACAAAACUGAGAAAAAUGGCAAGGACACAGAGGAGAAGGGCUGGACUACAGACUCUGAGAGGUUGAAAGGGGUAAUGGAGCGAGAGAAAGAUGAACAGAGCGAAUGUGAAAUCAUCAAAGAUUCACCGGACUCCCCGGAGCCCCUGAACAAGAAACCACGUUUAGCUACAGAGCAGCAGCAGCAGCAGCCUCCGGAGAAAUCUAAAGGUCCUGUGUCUCUACUUACACUUUGGACUAACAGAAUAACUCAAGCCAACUCCAGGAAGCAUCAGGAGUUUGCAGGGAGACUGAGUUCAGUGAAUAACAAGGCUGAACUUUAUCAACAUCUGAAAGAAGAAAAUGGGAUGGAUGUUCAUGAGAAUGGAAAAACCACCAGAUGAUGUGUGGAACACGCCUCUUCUCAUCUCUGCAGGAUCAUUGAUUUGUUGAGAGGAUGUGAUGUGUCCUUUGGCAUGACAUCAAAUGAUGUUUUUGCCAGGAUGCUGGUUUUAAAACCGGCAAAGAAGAGUAAGACAAUGUUUUAUAAAGCACACACUUUUUAUAUGCUUUAGUUUGUACAAAGAUUCUGAAAUAUUCUGAAACAGAAUAAAGAAAUGUGUAAACAGUG